AUGGUAUCCGUCGGAGAGAAUCAUCAGUCAACCGCCUCCGCUUCUGUCAAAGCUCCGACUCCCGAGACUAAGGUCCGUCCUAAAUUGUGAAAUUGGGUCUAGAACGUGGUCGAAGUUCCGAGAUUUCAGUCGUUUUUUGCAGGAAUUUCAAUGGGCAGGUGUGGCGGCGACGGCACGACGUCUCCGGCUGAGGCGACGUGUCCGGCGGAGACCUCUUCUGCCACGAAGAAAACAGCACAGAAAAAGCGGAGACCGACCGAUACCGAAGAGGAUUUCGACGAAAUUUCUUCCCGAUUUAUCCCCCCUUAAAAAUGCCUUAACAAUUAUAUGGUUUUUAUGAAACCCCCCUCACACUUUUUUGUUGCUUUUUGUACGGGUUUUCCGAGCGCAAAACGCACUUUUUGAUUCUCAUUCGUCCCCUCGUUCUUGCCCCAUCGUGUAUUUCUGUGUGCGUGUGUGUGUGUGUGUGUGGAAAAUUAUUGGAAUUUUUAGGCUAUUAUUUGAUUAUCCGUGUGUCAACUGAAAAAGAAUGGCGAAAUUGGAAUCGAUUUUAGUCCUGUUUUUACUGGUUUUUUUAAUCCCAGAACUUUAUCUUAUGUUUUAGUCUUUUUUAGAGAUUUUCCCUGAAUUUCGGUUUCAGAAGACAUGACGUCGUCGCACACCAUCCUUCUCAUUCAAACGUCGUCACGUCUCGACACGCGCACUUGGGCCGACUUUGAGAGUGUCACCGAUGCUCUCGAUUGUACGUUAAUCUUUUUUAGAACAAAAGGGCCGGCCCAGGCUUUUUGAGGCCUGAGUUUUGACCCACUUGCAGUAUUUCGAUCGGACCCAAACUUUGCAGGCUUUGCGGACUUGGACUGAACUAUAUAUGGGGCCGAGUUUCAGACCGAUCGCAUCAUUUACACUCUUGAUAUAGUGCCUUGGGCCAAUUUCUUCUGGUAUACCAGAGAUAUACUGGUUUGAGGUCGAAAAGGCCGGGAUUUUGUGAAGAUUGCCGUCUCACGUCAGUAUAUCGGUCUGAAAUUCGGACCCAAGAUACUUCAAUUAAUAUUCAAGAAGGCUGCAAAGUCUGAGUCUGAUUGGAAAGACGAGAAAGUCGUUUGUUUUCUACGCGAAAUUUUACAAAACAUUGACGAAGCAACAAUUUUCAGCGCUCUGCAAAAUGUUCGAAGAGUUUUUGGCGAAAAAGGCGAGCGGACCGGUGACCUAUGACGUGUCGCAAGUGUACGAGUUUCUUGACAAGAUGUCCGAUAUCUCGCUCAUGAUUUUCAAUCGGGUUUGUGAUUGAUUUUGAUGUUAGCAUUCUAUAAUUUUCAAUUGUUUAGGAGACCGGCCAGUACAUUGGACGUACUCGUGCGUGGAUCAAGCAGCAAGUGUACGAGAUGAUGCGUGGACGCUGCAGACAUCCGGAAGGCGGCGAGAAAGUGAUUGUCGGCUACUGA